CGCGCUCUCCUGCAUGAAAACAGGAAGUUGCGCCGACAGAGACCGUAGUCAACGAUGUUGUUGUUUUAAUGAAGUUCAAACAGUUUAGUUACGAGGACCGUGGAAAUGAAUGAUCAAAACACUGCACACGAGUCCAGCUCCAGAGAUGACCAUCAUUGGGUGGAGGAAAUCUUCCCUCCUCGUUUCACUUUCCAAAACCUGCUAGAAAGCCAGACCAACACAAACAAACAAUGCAGUAGCUCAAUGAACCCACCAUCAGCCCUCUCCACAGACAUAGCUGAACCCCAGAGGAGCCACAGAAGGGAGAUGUACCUGAAAGCUUUGAAAGAGGUUCAGCAAACUGAGCGACUGCGCAAGAAGGAGGCCCUAGCGAAGAGAAUUAUUAGGCCUGUCGAUGAAGGGGAGACCUCUGAAAAUCCUACCGACCAGAGCGAGACUGCGGGACAGAGGUGCAUUUGGAAUGAGAGGGACAUCACCAAACUGCGGGCUGGUUUAGAAGAAGUGGAGAGGGACAGAUGGCGACUAAAGCGACAGCUCAGUUGUUCAGAGGAGCAGCUUAAGGCAGAACAUGAGGAAAGGAUGAAGCUGCAAGGCCUGGUGGAGAAGCUGGAGGAACAGUUAAGCCUUUCCAAAAAAAGGGCUGCGCGUCAGGCCCUCAUGAUAAAUGAUCUGAAGUCAGAGAGCCAAAAAAUGAACGCUCAGUUACAGAAGCUGACUAUACAGGUCAGGGAAACGGAAGAAGAGGCAGACAGGUGGAAGACAAGUCUGAGCAAAGCAAAAGAGGACGUGCAGCAGAUAGUGCAGGAGCGCUCCAACCUCGCGUGGGAACUGGAAAGAGCACAAGCGCAAUGCAAAUCUGAAGGAGACAGACUGGGAAAAGCAGCUCGGAUAGAAAAUGAGGCUGUGGUCCUGAAGCUUCAGAGAGAGGUGAAGCAGACCCGAGCUGACCUGUGCGCAGAGAGAGAGAGUCACGCACGGAGCCGUACAGCCCUCGAGCUCUUACGCAGACACUUUAGCAGCCAAUAAUUUAUUGCAAUAAUAAAAAUGUGACUUAAAAUGCAGCCAUUUAAAUCUUUUUUUUCAAUAAAGACAAAAUUGAUGUUAUCGC